CUCAACUCCACAGGAUCCUUAAAGCUGUGCUAUGAACGGUGAUUCUGGUGCAGCGGUGGUGACUUCACCACCUCCGACAGCCCCUCAUAAGGAGAGAUACUUUGAUCGAGUUGAUGAAAAUAACCCAGAUUAUUUGAGAGAGAGAAAUAUGGCACCUGACCUUCGCCAGGAUUUUAACAUGAUGGAACAGAAGAAGAGAGUCUCCAUGAUUCUUCAAAGCCCAGCUUUUUGUGAAGAACUGGAGUCUAUGAUCCAAGAACAAUUUAAGAAAGGGAAGAACCCAACAGGCUUAUUGGCCUUGCAGCAGAUUGCAGAUUUCAUGACAACAAAUGUACCCAAUGUCUACCCAGCAGCACCACAAGGAGGAAUGGCUGCCUUAAACAUGAGUCUUGGCAUGGUGACACCAGUGAAUGAUCUGAGAGGAUCAGAUUCAAUUGCUUAUGAAAAAGGGGAGAAGUUGUUACGAUGUAAACUGGCAGCUUUCUACAGAUUAGCAGAUCUCUUUGGCUGGUCUCAGCUUAUUUACAAUCACAUAACAGCCAGAGUAAAUUCUGAGCAGGAACACUUCCUCAUUGUACCUUUUGGACUUCUCUAUAGCGAGGUUACUGCAUCCAGUCUGGUUAAAAUCAAUAUUCAAGGAGAUGUGGUCGAUCGCGGAAGCACUAAUUUGGGAGUAAACCAAGCUGGCUUUACUUUGCACUCUGCAAUUUAUGCGGCUCGGCCUGAUGUUAAGUGCAUUGUGCAUAUCCAUACCCCAGCGGGGGCAGCGGUGUCUGCAAUGAAGUGUGGUCUGUUGCCAAUUUCACCUGAAGCACUUUCCCUAGGAGAAGUAGCUUAUCAUGACUACCAUGGUAUCUUAGUGGAUGAUGAAGAAAAAGUGCUCAUUCAGAAGAAUUUGGGACCUAAAAGCAAGGUUCUUAUUCUCCGAAACCACGGCUUAGUAUCAGUUGGAGAGACUGUCGAAGAGGCGUUCUACUAUAUUCAUAAUCUAGUGCUUGCCUGUGAGAUUCAAGUACGUACCUUGGCCAGCGCAGGUGGACCUGACAAUUUAGUACUAUUAGAUCCUGGAAAGUAUAAAGCCAAGUCUCGUUCCCCUGAGUCUCCAGCAGGUGAGGGGACUGUGUCCCAUCCAAAAUGGCAGAUUGGCGAACAGGAAUUUGAAGCUCUUAUGCGAAUGCUUGAUAAUCUGGGUUACAGAACCGGCUAUCCAUAUCGAUGCCCCGCUCUGAGAGAGAAAACUAAAAAGUUCAGCGAUGUUGAGAUUCCAGCUAGUGUCACAGGUUACUCCUUCACUAGCGAUGGUGAAUCAGGCACUUGCUCCCCUCUCAGACACAGUUUUCAGAAACAGCAGCGGGAGAAGACAAGGUGGCUGAACUCUGGCCGAGGGGACGAUGCUUCUGAAGAAGGGCAGAAUGGCAGCAGCCCCAAGUCGAAGACUAAGGUGUGGACGAACAUUACACACGAUCACGUGAAACCCUUGCUGCAGUCUCUCUCGUCCGGUGUCUGCGUGCCAAGCUGUAUUACCAACUGCUUGUGGACUAAAGAGGAUGGACAUAGAACUGCCACCUCUGCUGUCCCUAGCCUAUUUGUUCCGUUGAACACUAAUCCAAAGGAGGUCCAAGAAAUGAGAAACAAGAUCCGGGAGCAAAACUUACAAGAUAUUAAAACUGCAGGCCCUCAGUCACAGGUUCUUUCUGGGGUAGUUGUGGACAGGAGUCUCGUACAGAAAGUAACUGUUUGUAAGGAUGCUCCCCUCUCAGACUGUACGGAAACUAUUGAAGGGCUCGAUCUCAAAGAGCAGGCCUUUAGUCCCGCUAAAUCUCUGUCUGUUAGAAAGGGAGAGCUGGUGACUGCGUCGAAGGCAAUAAUUGAGAAGGAGUAUCAGCCCCGAGUCAUCGUGAGCACAACAGGACCAAAUCCCUUCAAUAAGCUCACCGACCGAGAGCUGGAGGAGUAUCGCAAGGAAGUGGAGAGGAAGCAGAAGGGCCCGGAAGAUAAGGUUUCAAAAUAUGGAGAGACUGUGUUACUGAGACAGACACCAGCUGGGGAACAGAGUACUUUGCUUAGAAAUCAGAACAUCAGUGAGCAAAAUACUUCAAAUAAGUCUCUGGAUUUGAAAGGCAGAUCCAAAACCUUUCAAGGAGCAGAUACGAAGACUGUGCAGGAUCGUGAAGUGUCAUCACUGUCUAAGUCUUUAGAUAACACUCAGUUUGCUGCUGCAUGGGUUGCUUGUCAGACCACGCAGCAAGUCACCACACAUCUUAACCAAGAAGAGCCAGAUGUGCAGAAGUCACCUCAUAAGGAAUUUCACACUGCAGUGAUCAAAGCAUUAAGGUCUAAUCCUGACCUCUUGGCUGAGGCCUCAGGUAUUAUGAAUAUGGUAUAGUUGUGCUUGCAAUCUGAGGAACAAAAUCUUUAUUUGCCCCAUUUGGAGAUUG